GGGUAUUUGAGACACGAAACUAACACAGUUGUUCGAAAGUUACACUUUACUCUGAAGAAUCACAACCGGAAGCUGAGUUCCAUUCUUCCUGGUUCCAACCGGCUUUUCCCGUAUGUGCGCGACAGACUUGCUAACAGAUGGGUGAUCACACAGCUCCGAUGAGGGUGUUGGUGACCGGAGGGUCCGGCUUGGUGGGGAGGGCCAUACAGCAUGUGGUCGAAGAGCAAGGCGGCGCAAAGGAGGGGGAAGAAUGGAUAUUUCUGUCCUCCAAAGAUGCCAACCUCAUGAACGUGGACGAAACGCGGGCGGUGUUCAAGAAACAUCGGCCCACGCACGUCAUCCACCUGGCUGCUAUGGUCGGGGGCCUUUUCAAGAACAUGAAGCACAACCUGGACUUUUGGAGGAACAACAUCUACAUCAACGAUAACGUGCUGCAGGCGGCACACGAAGUGGACGCGGUCAAGGUUGUCUCCUGCCUGUCCACCUGCAUCUUCCCAGAUAAAACAUCGUAUCCCAUCGACGAGACCAUGAUCCACAACGGUCCACCUCACGAGUCCAACUUCGGCUACGCCUACGCAAAGAGGAUGAUCGACGUCCACAACAGGGCUCUUUCCCAGCAGCAUGGACGUCGCUACACAGCUGUGAUUCCCACCAACGUGUUCGGUCCUCAUGACAACUUCAGCAUCGAGGACGGACACGUGCUGCCGGGCCUCAUUCACAAAGCGUACAUCGCUCAAAAGGAGGGGAAGCCGCUGACGGUGUGGGGCUCCGGUUCUCCCAGAAGGCAGUUCAUUUACUCCCUGGACUUGGCUCGUCUCUUCCUCUGGGUCCUGAGGGAAUAUCCCGAGGUCGAUCCAAUCAUUCUGUCCGUUGGUGAAGAAGAUGAGGUGUCCAUCAAGGAAGCAGCAGAAGGAGUUGUUGAGGCUUUGGGAUUUAAAGGAGAAGUAGUCUAUGACACCAGUAAAGCAGACGGCCAGUUCAAAAAGACGGCGAGCAACGCCAAGCUGCGCCGCUACCUCCCGGACUUCACGUUCACACCCUUCAAACAAGCUUUAAAGGAAACCUGCGAUUGGUUUGUCGCCAAUCACGACUCAGCCCGCAAGUGAAAAUCUGUGCUUUAAUGUGUUUAUCGCCAAAUCCUGCCGGUCGGUCACUAACUCUGCUGGAAGAGAAGCUGAGGUGAAGAGGUUUAUCUGUCUGGGAGGGGUCACGUGGUGCAUUUACAUGGACGCUAGUAAUAAUCAGAAUCUCAUGAGAGUUUUUGUCUCAUGUGGGGUCGAGUUUCCAGGAGGGACCGAAACAUGGAGGUAGAAAAACAGACCAGUAACAUAACUAGACAAUAAUAAAUAACCCAUGCAUUCAAUAAACUAUCAUCAUACAAAACAUUUAAUUAAAAAAAAACAACAAUAUUUUGAGAAAAUUAAUUGCAAUUGCAGCUCAUUGCUGCCAUCUGCUGGUUCUCAGUGUGUGUCAUGUCCACAGCUGCUAAUAAAUCAGUGCAACUCGUGAAAUAAUUAGGAACUGGUGCCAUAUUUAUGUUGAUAAAUUGCAGUUAAAAGGCCUCAGGUAGUUUUUGCACUUUGCAAAUUCGUCACAUGGGCCAAAUUGGACCAGUUUUGGCACAUCAGCCAUAUAUUUGUCACUCCUGAUGUAAGUCAGCUUUGAAAACAGUUUAGUUGAAUUUGGGAGAAAAAGAAUCAACAUUUCAGGCUGAUUUGUGAUUUUUUUAAUUUUUUUUUUUUUUUUUUUAAAUACGCUGCGGUUAAUAUUUUGGGGCGUUUAUUAUUAUUGUCCAUGUAAAUGCAGCCACUGUAACACGAGUCUUAUUCACCACAUUUAAAUCCUCAAAUCAAUUCAGGUGCUGGCACAGUUUAAAGUUGCAGUAAUUCAGAUCCCACAUAAAUAAAUCCCACAUAAAACGGUUUGGGACUUAGAAUCUAAAUGAUUUUGCAUUGAUUCACUGAAUUUAAUGAACAGAAAGUUUACGGUAUUUACUAUUUUUAAACUGGGUGAACAGACACGGAGCAAGAUGAAUGUUUUCUACUCGUAAUACGUCUUCGUUGUCCUGCUUGAAUCUUUAAAGAACGGAAUCACAGGUGGAUUUGUCUUGGUUAUUGUAGGUUUUUAUAUUUUACAAAAGACAAUAAUAAAAUAAAUGGUGAUUAAAGUCAA